UCUCACUUAAGCCUAAUUAACCUCGCUUUAGGCUAAUUAACCCUAAGGAUUCAUCGAAAUUUAUAGGUGUCCGUGGAAGUCAUGGUUUUUCUAAAGACUUCGUGUUCUUCUCGUUGGCUUGUAACGCGGCGGACGUGGAUGCCAUGCUCUCGACUCCUGCGAUGGGAGGGGUCAAGAAGUACUCUCGUUGCGUUUCCAAAGCCGGAGCUGUGGGCCCACGAUCCGGGCCCCGUGCAGCCGCUGGUCUCUCGAGGCCUUGUGCGACUAUUGUGCGCAAGAUUUCGCCUCAUCGUUCGCCACUCGGAUCCGUCUCUGGUGAGUGAGCUCGAUCGCAACUCCGACUGCAUCAUUCUGUAAUGGCAACUCGUGGUUGAUGCAAUUUGACUGAUCGAUUUGAUUUCGAAUUUGCUGUACGCGCGAGGCGAUUGGAGAACUCAUUGCGUGAAUUUGAGAGCAUUGGGCGAGCAUCAGGUGAAUUUGGUGCGUGGGAUGCAAUACGGCGACCGCCGUGGGGGCCACGGCUGUGAUGAAUCCGCUCAGCUGGCGGGUGGAAUCAGCUGCUGGUUCUCGCAGUCAUGUGGAUGUAAGGCAGAGGCUUGUGCCGCGAUCGCAACUGAGUUUUCUCCCUUCCUACUUCGCCAGGAUGCAAGGGACUCGCUCCCUCCAGUCUUCCAAGAACUUCGAGUUCGGAGGUGCUGAGCUUUUGAGGUGGAAGAAGGCCCUCUUCUCGACAACUUUGCUUGUGCCUGCGCUUUCUACUUCUCGGAGUGCGGUGAGAUUCCAGAUACGUUCCAAUUCAAGUGACACCAAACAGGCCACGAACUUUUGAUAAAUAAAUCAUGGCAAGCGUGACAUGGUUCACGAAUGCAACGGAGAGGAACACGAACGCGUUAUAAGAACCUUCCAUUUAAUUCCACUGAUAACUUCUGACGAAUCCUCGCACACGGUAUGCGAGGAUGAGGGAUAACUAGCCCUUUAC